AUGGCGCAGAACAACAACAACAACCCCGUCUUGGAUGUGCUCGGCCGCCGCCUGGCGGACGUCGACCUGCAUGACGGCUACGAAGACGAUGAUGAUAGUGAUGGUGGCGCGCUCAUCGGACCGAGUGACGAUGGUGAUAGUGAUGGUGGCGCGUUCAUCGAUCCGCACGAUGAUUAUGAAGAUGAUGAUGGAGGCGCCGGCCGCGCGCCCAUCGACCUGGACGGCACCUGUGAUUCGAGCUCCGCCGCAGCAGUAGCAGCUGCACCAUCAGGAUCGAAACACUCGCGCCCCAACACCAGCGUCACCUACGCCGUCAAGCAAUCGAGAUCCGGCAUUGGCAAGGUCAUCAUCAGCUCAGACACUGCUAGUAGUGUCGGCACCAGCUCUGGCAGUGAUAACGGGUCUCUGGCAUUGUCUGCUGCCGACUCGCAUGAGCCACCUCCCCCACUCGUGCCUUCGGACGUGCCCUCGAGGCUCAACAUCACAUUCAGUCCGAUACUGCAGCCUCCGACCUACGGACUUAUCAUCAGAACUCUUGGAGUUGGACCCGGAGCGGGUUUCGUCAAUGUCACCUUUGUAAACUGCACCUUCGACCGCUUCUCGCCCACCAUCUUCGAGAACUGCUGGUUGAGUAAUGUCACGUUCUCGCAUUGCGAUUUCCGUGCUUCACAAUUUGAGAAUGUCGUUAUUGAUGGAGCGCGUUUCAACGGUUGCACAUUCGAGUGCUUUUGGAAAAACUACAAGCUUGAGGAGGAGCUAGUGGCCAGUCAUCUGCUGUACCAAGGUAUCCAUGUCAACGACGUCGUACCGCACGCGAUUGUGGUACAGGAUAGGGAGCGGAAGAUGGCCGAGGUCGAUAAGUGGAUCGAUCACGAAGAUCCUGGCCGGAGUGAAAGUGGCUUUGGAGUCAUCGAGGGACCUCUCCGACACAAGCGCAUCAACACAGUGGAACGUGGCUGGGAAGCAUCGAGCAUCCCGCUCGGCGUCAAAGGCUUGUCGUUUAACAACACACCUCGGGCAGGGCUCGUUGUGAAGAUCAGGAGCGGUGGCCGAUACGAUGGUAUUCAAUUCAACAACUGCACGUUCAAAAACACGACAUUCGACAAUUGUUACCUGGUCGAUGUUGUCUUCGAGGGCUGCAACUUCGAGAAUGCCAGCUUCGUCGAAGUAGUCCUCAAGGACCGAGUCUACAACAACGUUGGCUUCGACGGAUGCAAUUGGAAAUGGCAAGUGCUUUCCAAACCGGUUACUGUCUCCAACCGGACAUACAGACAGCGUCUCGAAACAGGCCUGCACAUUCCACAGGCCAUAGUCGACCACAUUGCGGUCCAAGCCCAAGACGAGAAGAGACAUGCAGAGCUUCGCCAAGCUGUCCUCGAUGGCGCGCGUCCACUAGUACCACCACCACACCUCCAGCAGAAGCAGCAGAAGCAGCAGCAACAAACCACCGCUCCUCUCGUCGUCGCCAAGCGACAAGUCAUCCCUCCUCACGUCGCCGCACGCAAUGCGCGAGCCGCGCAAAAGAUCCUUCGCAAAGAUUUCACCGUCCUGACUGCCGAAGAGGUCCAACGGGAGAAAUUGGCGCCGGGAGAGCGUCUUGUGACGGAGACGACGCCGGGCGCGUUUGUGCAAAACCCGAAUGAAGUUUCGAAAGGGACGAAAUUUGUUCAGAUUGCUUUUCCGAGUCGGUGA